GGGACAGUUUGAGGGGCGGGCAGUGGCUGUCAAGCGACUCCUUCGUGAAUGCUUUGGCCUGGUGCGGCGGGAGGUCCAGCUGCUGCAAGAGUCAGACCGGCACCCCAACGUGCUCCGCUACUUCUGUACAGAGCGGGGACCCCAGUUCUACUACAUCGCCCUGGAGCUCUGCCCCGCCUCCUUGCAGGAGUACGUGGAAAAUCCAGAGCUGGACUGCUGGGGCCUGGAGCCGGAGACAGCACUGCAGCACCUCAUGUCUGGCCUGGCCCACCUGCAUUCUCUACACAUAGUGCACCGGGACCUGAAGCCAACCAACGUGCUCAUCACGGGGCCUGAGGGCCAGGGCCGAGGCAGGGUGGUCCUCUCGGACUUCGGCCUGUGCAAGAAGCUGGCAGCCGGCCGCUGUAGCUUCAGCCUGCGCUCAGGUGUCCCCGGCACAGAGGGCUGGAUGGCACCUGAGCUCCUGCAGCUCCCGCCCCCCGACAGCCCGGUGAGUCCUCCAUCACCUGGCCCAGGGCCUCCUGCCCAGGCUGCACAUCACGCCGUGUGAGCUGGAACUUGCUCCUUCAUCUGUAAAGUGGGCUCAUUCAUCCUUUCCUACCUAGAGCAGUGGUUCUCAACCAGAGACUAUUCCACCACCCAGGGGGCCCUGGGUAAUGUCUGGAGACCACACGUGGUGGGUAGGGGGGUGUUACUGGCAUCUGGUGGGUAAAGACCAAGGAUGCUGCUAAAUAUCCUUUGACCACGCCCCAUGAAAGUUAUCAGGCCCAAAGUGUCAAUAGUGCCGAGGUUAAGAACCCUGAGCUGAAAUGGCUUUACCUCUUCACUGUGCUGCAGAAUCACUGGGCAACUUAAAAAAGUCAGCUGCGAGGCCCCACAUCCAGUGACCCCAGCCCGAUCCGCUGGGGCAAGGCCAGGGUCUUCAAUGCAGCAGCGUAGAGAAGCGCUGGGUGGAGGGCUGGGAACAUCUGAUGAGCGAACAUAGUUGAAGCAGUGUCUGACCCUAGA